UUGGAAAUGGCCAGCGCGGACGCCUUUGCAGGCUUCCUCAAGCAACUACGAGAGACGCAUCAAGCCGGGCCCCCGAUUGCGGUGCGUCUCGAUGAGUUUACGUGGCAAAAGCCGUCCACAAAGACUGACCCCGAGUACAUAUUGCACAACAUCUCGGCCACGUUUCGGCCUGGCACGAUGACGCUGAUCUUGGGUCCGCCCGGCUGCGGUAAAACAGCGCUGCUCAAGACGAUCGCGGGCGUCUACCACUACAAAGGUCCUAGCUCCAAAAGCCACCGCCUGCAAGGCGACGUAAAGUACAACGGCAAGCCACCCAAUGCGCUACCGAUGAAGCAUCUCGCCGCCUUUGUCGGUCAGAAAGAUGACCAUAUUCCGACGUUGACGGUCCAAGAGACGAUCGAGUUUGCCCACACGUGCCGCGCGGCCGCCGGGGAAGACGGCGUGUGGACCGCCAACGCGAUCAUCGACGGACUCGGUUUGCGUGGCUGCGCGCACACGCUUGUUGGCAACGACAUGAUUCGCGGCAUCAGCGGCGGCCAGAAGCGGCGCGUCACGAUCGCCGAGAUGCUCACGGGCAAGGAAAGCCUCGUGCUCCUCGACGAGUACUCGACGGGCCUCGACACGACCGUGACCCUCGAUUUGACCAAAAAGUUGCGUGACAUGUGCUCGACGCUCCAGUACACAUUUGUCUGUUCGUUGCUUCAGCCACCUCCCGAGGUCUACGCGCUCUUUGACAAUAUCAUUCUCCUCAACGCCGGCCACGUCGCCUACAUGGGCCCCCGCGUUGCAGUUGCCGAGUACUUUUGCUCGGUCGGGUACGCCGCCCCCGCGCGCGUCGACGAAGCCGACUUUCUCCAAGAAGUCACAACCGACCUCGGCCAGAGCUACACGCUGCCGCCUGAGAACGGAUACUCACCGCGGCUCGCCAAGCUGCCGUCGACGCCCAGUGAGUUCCAAGCUGCGUUUGCUGCGUCAUCGUACUAUGGCGCGCGCCACGGCCCCGACACUGAAGUGCCAUCGACGUCCAUUCUUGCCAAGGCGCGGCCAUCGGCGUGGCGCACGUUCAAGAUGGUGUUUGCGCGGCAAUGGAAGCUGGUGCUUCGGGACAAGCGCUUCAAUCGCGUCCGCGUCGGCCAAAACACUGCAUUUGGGCUCAUCAUCGGUUCGCUUUUCUGGCAGGUGGGCUUUGGGCCGUCGACCGUGCCGGCUAAAGUGGGUCUCGUGUUUCUCACAAUCCUUUUCACGUCCGUCACGACGAUUUCCAACAUUGCCUACACGAUCGAAGUGCGCAACAUCUUCCACAAGCAAGCGUACUUUGGCUUUUACCCGCCACUUGCCUACGCGUUUUCCGAGUCGGUGAUUGAAGUCGGUGCCGCCAUGAUCCAAGUCUUCCUCUUUACCAUCACGUCGUACUGGAUGUGCGGCUUUGCGAAUCCGGACGGGGCCGGCGUCGAGUACGGGUUCUACUACCUCGUCGUCUUCCUCAACUCGGUGUGCAUGUGCCAAGUGUUCAAGAGCGUUGCGUCCAUGGCGCCGACGCCGACGGCCGGCGUCUCGGGCGCAUCAGGACUCAUUUUCCUCGAAAUCGUCUUUUCCGGGUUUGCGAUUCUCUACGAUGUAAUGCCGAAGGGCCUUUCGUGGAUCUACUGGAUCAAUCCUGGUGCCUGGACCUUCCGCGCGCUCCUCAUCAACGAGUACGGGUCGUCCGAGCCUGCGUACGAUGCGCUCCAGCCCGCGUUCAAGCUGCGCCUUGGCGACUACUACUUGACGCUCUACGGUGUCUCGCUCGACCGAAGCUACCGCCUCAACGGUGUCAUUUACCUUCUCGGGUUCUACGCUGCCAUGGUGCUGCUUGCGACAGCAGGGUACAAAUUUGUGCGCCCGCGCAUUGUGCAUGCGGCCCAGCACCAUUCGCGUCUGCUGUACCAUUUCAACAAGAAAUCGCAAACGACAUUUCGCGCCUCGGUCAACGACAUUGUCAACAAACACCCCGUCGAGUUUACCCCGACGUCGCUCUCGUUCCAGGACCUCUUUUACACUGUCCAGAUCCAGCACAAGAAGGGCAAGGGUAAGAGCGCUGUCUCGGACACUAUCGUGCUUCUCCAGGGCAUCCAUGGGCACUGCCGGCCGUUUACGCUCACUGCGCUCAUGGGCUCGAGCGGCGCCGGCAAGAGCACGCUCUUGGAUGUGCUUGCUGGCCGAAAAAACACGGGGGUGAUCAAGGGCAACUUGUACGUGAACGGCCAACCGCUCACGAAAGCCGAUCAGAAGCGGUUUGGCUACGUCGAGCAAACAGACAUUCACUGCAUGAAGACGACGCUCGACGAAGCCUUCCACUUUAGCGCGCUGCUUCGGCUGCCCGAGAGCGCGCAGAGCAACGCCAACAACAUUGUCGACUCGACGAUCCAUCUCUUAGAGCUCGUGACCGAGUCCAAGAAGAUGCUGUCCGAGCUCUCGAGCGAGCAAAUGAAGCGACUCACGAUCGGCGUCGAACUGGUCGCAAAUCCAUCCGUGCUCUUCUUAGACGAACCAACGAGUGGGCUCGAUGUGCACGCCGCCCAUGUGGUCAUGGUCGCCGUCAAGCGCAUUGCCGCCGCCGGACGCACAGUGAUUUGCACGAUCCACCAGCCGAGUUUGUCGCUUUUUGAGCUGUUUGACAAACUCAUUUUGCUCCAAGCCGGCGGCCGCACCGUCUACUGUGGUCCAAUUGGGCACGAGAGCGCCGACCUCCUUCGCCACUUCGAGUCGAUUCCAAACGUCCGCGCGUGCGGCUUGACGGAGAACCCCGCAACGUACAUGCUUGAUGCGCUCGCGGGCAAUCCGACAAUUGAUUUUCACGAAAUUUACACUAAGUCGGAAAUGCAAGCGCGCAACCUCCAAGCCAUCACGACGGUCGUGACGCCCAACGCAUCGACAUCCAAUGUACUAAUCGCCAAGUCCACCGAGCGCCCGUCGUCGGUGUUUUCGCAUCAGUUCCGCCUCCUCCUACUGCGCACCGCGCGCAAGUACUGGCGCACAAAAGACUAUAGCAUCGGUCGUCUCGUGGUCGGCAUCUUUAUCGCGUGCUUGCUCGGGAUCCUCUGCUCCGUGCCCGAGCUCCAGUACUCGACCCAAGUGCAGUCGCAGCUCGGCAUUUGCUUUAUCUACCCCAUGUUUAUGGGCAUCAUCUCCAUCAACACGGGACUGGCGGUCGUCGACGCCGAGCGCAUGGUGUACUUUCGAGAAACAUCGUCCGGCAUGUACGCGACGAGUCCGUACUCGAUCGUGUUUGGCCUCGUCGAAAUUCCGCUCGUCAUGCUCAAUGCGGUCAUUCACGUGGUCAUAUUCUACUACGCAGUGGGGCUCAACACGGUCAACGCCGAGGCCUUUCCGUGGUUCCUCCUCUUCUUCUUCCUCUACACUUUGUAUGCGACGUACCUCGGCCAAUGGCUCGUCGUGACGUUGCCGGAUCUGCGUACCGCCACGGUGCUCUCGGGGGCGCUGAGCUCGAUUUUUUCGAUUUUCAGCGGCUUUUUCAUUCAUUACGACAGUAUUCCGACCGGGUGGCGCUUCCUCUACUGGAUCUCGCCGCUGCACUACGUACUCGAAGGCGUCUUUGGCACGCAGUUUCUGUUAAACAACAGCACGGUGCUCAUGGGGUCGCCGUCCAAAGUGCUGUCGCCGCACCCCGUCGCCGUGAAGGACUUUGUCACCAACAUGUUUGGGACCUCGAUCAAGUACGAGAAUCGUGUCUACGAUGCACUCGCGCUCGUCAUCUGGAUCUUCGUGCUUCGUAUUGGCAACGUUGUCUCGCAAAAAUACCUCUCGAGCGUGUCGCGCUAGUCCUUUCGUAUAUAAACCUCAAUGCUAUCGAUGUACUAUUGCUAGUAAGA